UUGGAUUAAGUUAAAAAAUUCCCACAGUAUUGCUUAUGAAACGGUAUAUAUUGAACAAAUGUAACUAAUAAUUACACACAAGUAUCAAGGACCGAGGUUCCGACAAGCAUCAAACCCCACUGUAGUUUUCAGUACAUUUUAUUCUCCGCUCUACACUCUCUUCUUCAGUAUAGUUGCAUAGUUGCAUUUCACAAUUCUUGUUCUUCGAAAAUCGCCUCGAUUCACGAACUGGGUCAUCGACAGAUAUUGAAUUAGAGCCACAGAUUCUGCAGAAAUCGGUUGACUUUAGAGCUAAAAGGUUUGGAGCCUGGGUUUGAAGUAAUCUACUUUAAAGGCCCAUUAUUGGGUAAUUUGCCUUCGGGGUUGCGGAGUUCGUCUAUAUUUUAGCUCAGGUUUAAUUUCUGAUCGUUGUCAUGGAAUCUCCUCAAUCUGUCGUGUCACCAUUCAAGGGCUCCUCUGUUGUUUUUGCUGAGCCCGAGAACCAGAAGACUAAUCUUUUUGUGAAGAACCCUGGCUGCUUAUCCGAGAAAAUUGAGGGUCAAAGGAAGGAAGCUGCGGUGUCUAAUCUAGAAGGCCUCCUUGGUGUUCUUGAGGUCUAUAUACAUCAGGCUAGGGACAUCCAUAACAUCUGCAUAUACCAAAAGCAAGAUGUUUAUGCUAAGCUUUGCCUUACUAGUGACCCGGAAGAUUCCGUCUCCACCCAAAUCAUCAACGGUGGUGGGAAGAAUCCGGUGUUCAAUCAGAAUCUCCGACUCAAUGUUCGGACAAUUGAUUCCUCCAUCAAAUGUGAGAUAUGGAUGCUGAGCAGGGUGAGGAAUUAUCUUGAAGACCAAUUGUUGGGCUUUGCUUUGGUGCCUCUGUCUGAUGUUCUCAUCAAGAAUGGGAUGUUAGAAAAGGAGUUCUCUCUCUCCUCAACUGAUCUCUUCCAUUCCCCAGCUGGGUUUGUCCAGUUGUCUCUCUCUUACAAUGGAGCUUCACCGGACCUGAUAUCAGUUCCUGUAAUGCCCACAUCUGAGGCUAAAGAUGUGCCUGUGCAGGAUACAGAUGUAUCCGAGUCGCUCUCUAAUGACUUUGACAAGAUUGAGUUUCCUGAUCCAAAGAUAGUGAAUGAGAACCAUAUGAUGGUUUCGGAGUACUAUGGCAUCUCAGAGAGCUUGGUCUCUUCUGAUACUGAAAAUCAUCUCAGUUCAGAAGUUGGUGUUCAUGUCGUGGAAAGCUUCUUAACAGACGCCAUUAAUUCUAGCGAACCACGGAAGCGUGAUUCUCCCCCAAGUAGUCUGUCGACUAAUGGUUCUCCAUCUGCUUCACUUCCUGCAAGUUCUGAAUCCUCUGAAACCCAGGUAGCUUCAAAAUCUCCACAUGAGGAACAUGUUUCGCCUCCAAAAGAAAAUCUGAAAGAAACGAGUGCAGAUGUUGGGGAUGCUGAGAGUAAUGUAUCAGGUGGAAUGGCUGGUAAUGCAUUUGCAAAGCCUGUUGUCAAUGUGAAGAUUGAGCCAGAGCAAAAGGUGGUGCAACAGGAUAUCGUGGAUAUGUACAUGAAAAGCAUGCAGCAAUUCACCGAGUCAUUGGCAAAGAUGAAACUUCCAAUGGACAUUGAAAGUGGACCAACUAGUUCUGGGAAUUCGACUUCGGAUCAGAAAUUACAGGCAUCAAAGAACAAUGGUUCCCGAGUGUUUUAUGGGAGUAGAGCUUUCUUCUGAGCUUUUGUUUCACUGGUUCAGAAGGGGUAUGAUACACAGGUGACUUUUAGAGAUUAGAAUCAAGACUGAUGGUAGUAGUAAUAUUAGUGUCACAAUGUACGAUGUCGUGGUGUUUUAAUCUGUAUGUUGGGAUGUUUUGGACGAUGGAGCUGCGUGUGUUCCUAGCAUUGUUAUGCCUCUUAUGCUCUCAGUGUUUAUUUGAACUUGUUCUUUUUUUGCUCUUUUAUCUCAGCUACUAGCCUGUAAUGAUGUGAUAAUCCUCAAUGUAUGUUACUCACUCUUUGUUCAGUUCUUGAUGAUUGUGUAAUCAAGACCCAUUUAACAGUAUGCUAUUGUGUGAUAAUCAUAAGGGUGUUGUAUAUAUCCAAUGUACGCUAAUAAUUCAAGGCAAAAUAUGGGGCUAUCCUUAAUUAUC